AAGACUUGUUUUAAGAAUUUAGUAAUUAUGAAGAAUUCUUGGGGAUGGGGAAGAGAUUGAUUGAAAAUGUUGUGAUCUUCUCUUCAUGAUGAGUGGUCACUUUGAUGAGAAGUGUUACAGCAUAACGUACAUUCAUGUGCAUGAAGACGGAACAAAAAGAACAUGGCGCAAUUAGUGGUCGAACUCCGUAACUGCCGGUUAUUCAAAAACGAUCGCGUUCGCAGCUAGGAUUCCUGUAGUUAGGAUCAUUCCCGACUAAUCACGACUGAUCAUCCGCGACUAAGGACCCGUAGGACUGCUUUCGGAUGAUAAAACGCUUUUCCUAUCGAGGAUUUCGGCUUCGUGUACCAUUUCUUGAAUGCUGCUGGACUGGGGAACUCCAACGACCGCACAGGACUUGCUGCAAGACAGACGACUGCUAGCGAUCUCGAUCUCAUGACCCAACAAGGAAUAGGAGGAGACCUUAACACACUAUAGUAAAAAUUUGGAGGAACACCAGGAUUAAUAAAUGUGUAUUCACGUAAUACUAUUUGGUACUUGUCUAUUAACGAGGACAAGUAGACUGCUACGCCUGUCGUGACAUGAUAUUAGGUCAGCAAAAAGAAAUGUUUUGUACGAAAUGCUGGUUUCUUAAAUGCUAGUUUCUUCGCAUUAUAGAUUUUUUUACAUCAAAAAGAACAGUCGCAUGUUCGAUACGCAAGCGGAUUUUGCAUAAGAUAAAGUACAAGUAUUGCACAAUAAUUGAUUACACCAUACUAGUACGUAGCAGGAUAAAAGUAAAGACGAAGAAACAAAAUGGCUCCUGGUGAAGAACCGACGACUAACACUACCAUGGCGACUUCUACUGGUGCAUCGAAGACUAACACUACCAUGGCGCCCGGUGAGUCGACGUUUUUGCAGCUGAGUAGCAUCGAGGGAACCCUUGAUGAGACUCUGGAUUUGCUCUGUGAUUUCGACAAUGUUGUCGCAGCGGCUUCAGAUGUGGAGGCACCCUCAGCCGCGGCUUCAGACGUCGCAAUAUUACCCUCAGAAGAAGUGGCCCAUCGGCAAGAGCAAGGUGAAGGUGUUGGUGCUGUGGCUCUAGAAGGAGGUCUCGUUGAGGAAUCGGCGAUGAAUGUUGAACACAGUUGUACUAGACGAGGACAAGUCCAAGCACCUCAAGAACAGCAUACAACCAAAUCCAGAACCUCCGGACGCAGCACUCCAAGUUCUGCUUUCGAAGCUCUCCCUCCGCUAGUCGAAGAGAUAAACAGCGUACUAGCGGAGAAGGCUGGCGACUAUGAUGUGGACCCUGAAGCUACAGGGGAAGAUACGGAUGACGACGAAUUCGAUGAUGAGGAUGAAUUUGAAGAGGGUACUACUUAUUGAUUCGUAUUCACGUUCAAUGUUAACAAAAUUUCGCUCUUCUUCGCUCUCAAUCAUCCUUGUUCAAUGGGAAGUUUUUUUUGGGGUGUGUACUUAGUAGAAUCUACAAUCACUUGCAAGAAAUGGUCACCAUCCCACCUCAGAUAACGAGCUAUCUCACCAUGAUGAGAUAAACUACGAGGAGAUUAUGCCAGUCGCUUCUGCAGAGAUGCUGCCAGUCGCUUCUUCGAUAUGCUCUCAGAACAACACUACAAGGGAACAAGUCUGCGCUGCAGGAAGCAACGCUGCAGAUGCUCCUGGCACCCUGCAUGUAACUUCUCUGUUGGACAGUAUCAAUGCCUUUAUUACGACUGAAGGUAGUACGAGCAUGACCGGACCACCUGGGACUAAUUGCACAACUACUACUUGUUGUGACGACAAGGACAACAAAUCAACCCUAGUAAAUGCUGGUGGUGCCCCUCCUCCGACUUCAACAUCUGGAUGCUACAAGACUUUCAAUUCAUCUAGCAGUGGAGCGGCAACAGGCUCUAGUUCAUCUUCUCGUGUUUGGACCUUGCCGGAUCCACCAAACCUUUCUACAUUACAAGGUGGUGGUGAAGACAGUAGCAGUAGAGAACUUCCAUACCACGAUACACCACAGCAUCUCCUCCCAUACCACGAUACAUCAAGUUCGAGGAUUCACCAUCACGACCAUGCAGGUUCUUCUCGCGUUUCUAAAAAUAAUAGUUUUGAAGAGCUGCAGUUGGAACAACAAGCACAAGUAGAAGUAGAUGAUUAUGAGGAAGAGUAUCAGAUUAGGUCGGUCCCAGCUGUACUUUUAUCUAGGGAGCUAAGGGGUGAUCAUUCAUCUUCCGCGAGCAGAAUUAGAGGUGGACCUGGAGGACCACAUUCUCAUGGACCUUAUCAACAAGGAGGAGCAAGUCAACAUGCAGGAGGAGGUUAUCAAGGAAGACCACAU